AAGGACAGGGAGCGCGAGAGCAAUAGACAUGGCGGCUGUUGAGUAAGCUAGAGUGGCCCCUGGAGAACCUCCAGGCCGGGGCUGGGGUUUAGGGGGGUUUCAGAGCCAUGUCCUACGCCUAUCUCUUCAAAUACGUCAUCAUCGGGGACACCGGUGUUGGAAAAUCCUGCCUCUUGUUACAGUUCACAGAUAAGCGGUUCACAGCUGUCCAUGACUUGACCAUAGGUGUAGAGUUUGGUGCACGGAUGGUCACCAUUGACAACAAAAAGAUCAAGCUGCAAAUUUGGGACACGGCUGGCCAGGAAUCCUUCCGCUCCAUCACUCGCUCGUACUACAGAGGGGCUGCCGGAGCUCUGUUGGUGUAUGACAUCACCAGACGGGAAAGCUUCAACCAUUUGUACACCUGGCUAGAAGAUGCGCGCCAGCAUUCCAGCUCCCACAUGGUGGUCAUGCUCAUCGGCAAUAAAAGCGACUUGGAGAAUAAGCGAGCUGUACGGAAGGAAGAAGGUGAGGCUUUUGCCCGGGAACACGGCAUGGUUUUCAUGGAGACCUCUGCAAAGACAGCAUCCAACGUAGAAGAGGCCUUUCUCCACACAGCUAAAGCCAUCUAUAAAAAGAUCCAGCAAGGCUAUUUUGAUGUUAACAACGAGGGACACGGCAUCAGGCUCGGCCCCCAAGAACCCACGGGUGUCCACACUGGAAGAUCCUCCUCUGGCCACGGUCGUCAAGCCUCUGGAGACCGGUCAGGUUGCUGCUGAGUUUCCCCUGAAGUCCAUCCGGGAAGAUGCCUCCUCCGUGUCAUGCUCUCUUUCUCUCUUUCGGUUUCAGGCACCACACGGGGGGCAGGAAUCCUUCAAGCUCACCUUCCCUCGAUCUUGUUACAGCCUAUCUCUGCCCUCCAAAUGGUGCCAUCCUAGACCUAGAGUUGAUUUUGGCUGUUGGCUGUUGGGGUGCUAGUAGUAACUCUUCCAAAAGCCUCCCAUUUGAGGACCUCUCUUCACCCCCUCAUAGGCAAAUGGUGCUUUCAGAUUCCCUCCUCCACUAAUCUGUGCCUUUCCUCCAGCAGUUUCCUCUUCCAAUGUUGGAGAUUUCCAUUCCCCACACUUUGGGUUCACAGAAGCCUUGGCAGAGGAGCUGGGGAGAGCGUAAUCCAGGCCAAUCUAACCAAUCUUAGAUUUUAAGCUCUACUGCACUGUUGUUUCAGCUUUGUAUUAAAUAUUUCCACGUUUG